AAGGUGUUGAUUAGGGAAGGCUUGGCCGCUGGCGACGGAUUUGGAGUAGGGGGUGGCUCCGGAAGGAGCCUAGGGCUUAGCUUCUUUUGGGGGGAGGGUCCUGGAGGAAAGGUUAGCCCAGGUGCAGAGGAAAAGGCGUUGGGAGAGGUCUGCUUGGUGUAGAAAAGAGGUCCAGAAGCCACAAGACUUGGAACUCCUUGGCUUCCGGGGUUCCAACCUUCUCGCAGCUCCUGCUUUUGGUAUUUGGACAGUCUGUUCAGAAUAGUAGCAGGACAAAGGUUACCACUUAAAUAAGAUUAAAUUUAGCUCCACAUCUCCCAAAUUGAAGACACUUGUGAGAGAGCUGUGAUGCGGAGGAAUCCGGGAUUGGUCCAACUACCCUUCAUUGACACCUGGUGAGAUUACCCGUGGAACGUAAACAAUGGAUUCCUUGGACCACAUGCUGACAGACCCCCUGGAACUGGGUCCAUGUGGAGAUGGCCACGGCACACGCAUCAUGGAGGACUGCCUCCUGGGGGACACCAGGGUCAGUCUGCCUGAAGACCUCCUGGAGGAUCCUGAGAUAUUCUUUGAUGUGGUCAGCCUCUCCACGUGGGAAGAAGUACUGAGUGACUCUCAGCGCGAACACCUCCAGCAGUUUCUGCCUCGCUUCCCUGAGGACGACAUUGAGCAGCAAAGCCAGCUCAUCCUGGCCCUGUUCAGUGGGGAGAACUUCCGCUUUGGAAACCCUCUGCACAUCGCCCAGAAGCUCUUCCGUGAUGGACACUUUAACCCCGAGGUGGUCAAGUAUCGGCAGCUGUGCUUCAAGUCGCAGUACAAGCGAUACCUCAGCUCCCAGCAGCAGUACUUCCAUCGGCUGCUGAAGCAGAUCCUGGCGUCCCGCAGUGACCUCCUGGAGAUGGCCCGUCAGAGCGGCCCGGCCCUUUCCUUCCGGCAGAAGCGCCCUUCGCCGUCCCGCACCCCUGAGGAGCGGGAGUGGCGGACCCAGCAGCGCUACUUGAAGAUCUUGAGGGAGGUGAAGGAGGAGUGUGGCGACACAGCCCUGUCUUCAGAUGAAGAGGCCACGUUGGAUUUACAAGAAAAAUUUUCUUUUGAAGAUCUCAGCUCGUGGCUUCCGAGCUCUCCGGCACGUUCUCCUAGCCCUGCGGUGCCCCUGAGGGUGGUGCCCACGCUUUCAACCACGGAUAUGAAGACUGCAGAUAAAAUAGAACUGGGGGACAGUGACCUGAAGAUAAUGUUAAAGAAGCACCACGAGAAGCGGAAACGCCAACCAGACCACCCGGACCUUUUGACGGGGGACCUGACUCUCAAUGACAUCAUGACUCGAGUGAACGCUGGCAGGAAAGGUUCUUUAGCAGCCCUGUAUGACUUGGCUGUCCUUAAGAAAAAGGUUAAGGAAAAAGAGGAGAAGAAGAAGAAGAAGUUAAAAACCAUCAAGUCAGAGGCAGAGGAUCUGGCUGAGCCCCUAAGCGGUGCCGAGGGGCUGCCGCCUCUCUCCCAGGCCCCGUCUCCGCUGGCAGUGCCCGCUAUCAAGGAGGAGCCUCUAGAGGACCUCAAGCCUUGCCUUGGAAUCAAUGAAAUAUCUUCUAGCUUUUUCUCUCUUCUGCUGGAGAUCUUGCUGCUGGAGGGGCAGUCUAGCCUUCCUGUGCUCGAGGAGCGGGUGCUGGACUGGCAGUCGUCUCCGGCCAGCUCCCUCAACAGCUGGUUCUCCACAGCCCCCAACUGGGCGGAGUUGGUGUUGCCGGCCCUGCAGUAUCUUGCUGGCGAAAGCCGAGCCGUGCCUUCCAGUUUUUCUCCAUUUGUUGAAUUUAAAGAGAAAACCCAGCAAUGGAAAUUGCUUGGCCAGUCCCAAGAUAAUGAAAAGGAAUUAGCUGCACUCUUCCAGCUGUGGCUAGAAACCAAAGACCAGGUGUUCUGCAAGCAGGAACAUGAAGAUGGCACAGAUGCCACAACACCUGUCCCUCGGGUAAGAACGGACUAUGUGGUGCGGCCCAGUACCGGGGAGGAAAAACGAGUAUUUCAGGAGCAGGAGCGUUGCAGAUACAGCCAGCCCCAUAAGGCGUUCACCUUCCGCAUGCACGGCUUCGAGUCUGUGGUGGGGCCUGUGAAGGGUGUGUUCGACAAGGAAACCUCCCUCAACAAGGCACGGGAGCACUCCCUGCUGCGCUCGGACCGGCCUGCCUAUGUCACCAUCCUGUCACUGGUUCGAGACGCGGCGGCUCGGCUGCCUAAUGGAGAAGGCACGCGGGCAGAGAUCUGUGAAUUGCUCAAGGACUCCCAGUUUCUUGCCCCAGAUGUCACCAGCACUCAGGUGAAUACAGUAGUGAGUGGCGCACUGGAUCGGCUCCAUUACGAAAAAGACCCAUGUGUGAAAUACGACAUUGGACGGAAGCUGUGGAUCUACCUGCAUCGGGACAGGAGCGAGGAAGAGUUCGAGCGGAUUCACCAAGCACAAGCAGCAGCAGCUAAAGCCAGAAAAGCCCUUCAGCAGAAACCUAAGCCGUCGUCUAAGGUGAAGUCCAAUAGCAAGGAGAGUUCAAUGAAGGUCCUCAGCAGUGGCCCUUCUGAACAGAGCCAGAUGAGCCUCAGUGACUCCAGCAUGCCACCCACCCCAGUCACACCUGUGACGCCCACCACUCCAGCUUUGCCUGCCACUCCUAUCUCCCCUCCGCCAGUUUCGGUGGUCAGCAAAAGUGGCCCUGCUCCUGUCUCCGAACCAGCUAAGUCUAGCUCCGGUGUUCUUCUGGUGUCUUCACCCACAAUGCCACAGCUGGGAACGAUGCUCUCCCCGUCGGCCAGUCAGACACCACCCAGCUCUCAGGCCACGGCCCGGGUCGUGGGCCACUCUGGCUCAGCCAGCCUGCCCCAGGUGCGGGUGGUGGCCCAGCCUAGCCUUCCUGCUGUGACUCAGCAGUCAGCUGGGCCAGCACAGACACUGCCACCGAACCCAGCAGGACCUCAGAUGCGUGUUCCAGCCACUGCUACACAGACCAAAGUUGUGCCCCAGACAGUAAUGGCCACCGUUCCAGUCAAAGCCCAGACGGCAGCAGCCACCGUGCAGCGGCCGGCGCCUGGGCAGACGGGGCUCACGGUGACAAGCCUCCCUGCCACAGCCAGCCCUGCGAGCAAGCCAGCCUCGAGUUCUCCUGGGACCUCUGCACCGGGUGCUUCCACAGCCGCCGUCAUUCAGAACGUCAGUGGACAGAGCAUUAUCAAGCAGGUGGCGGUCACCGGGCAGCUCGGCGUGAAGCCCCAGACGGGCAGCAGCAUUCCACUUGCAGCCACUAACUUUCGUAUCCAGGGUAAAGAUGUAUUGCGUCUGCCACCCUCUUCCAUCACCACAGAUGCCAAAGGCCAGACGGUUCUGCGGAUCACUCCGGACAUGAUGGCCACACUGGCCAAGUCCCAGGUCACCACGGUCAAGCUGACCCAGGACCUCUUCGGGGCAGGAAGCGGCACCGCAGGCAAGGGCAUCUCUGCUACCUUACAUGUCACUUCCAAUCCCGUGCAUGCCACCGACAGCCCUGCGAAGGCCAGUUCCGCCAGUGCCCCUUCAGCCACACCAACGGGUACCACUGUGGUCAAGGUGACUCCCGACCUCAAGCCAGCAGAAGCCUCGAGCUCAGCCUUUCGCUUGAUGCCAGCACUUGGCGUGAGUGUGGCCGACCAGAAGGGCAAGAGCGCAGUGGCCUCUUCAGAAGCAAAGCCAGCUGCUACCAUUCGCAUCGUGCAGGGCCUGGGAGUGAUGCCCCCGAAAGCAGGCCAGACCAUCACAGUGGCGGCCCACGCCAAGCAGGGCCCUGCCGUGGCCGGCGGGUCUGGCACUGUCCAUACCUCGGCGGUGUCCCUGCCCAGCGUGAAUGCUGCUGUGUCCAAGACUGUGGCCGUGGCUUCCGGGGCGGCCAGCACCCCCAUCAGCAUUGGCACGGGAGCCCCCACUGUGCGGCAGGUCCCUGUCAGCACCACGGUGGUGUCCACAUCGCAGGCUGGGAAGCUGCCUACGCGGAUCACGGUCCCACUCUCUGUGAUCAGCCAGCCGAUGAAGGGCAAGAGCGUGGUCACAGCCCCCAUCAUCAAAGGCAACCUCGGAGCCAACCUCGGUGGGUUAGGCCGCAACAUCAUCCUCACCACCAUGCCAGCGGGCACUAAGCUCAUUGCCGGCAACAAGCCUGUGAGUUUCCUCACUGCCCAGCAAUUGCAGCAGCUCCAGCAACAAGGUCAGGCCACACAGGUGCGCAUCCAGACUGUGCCCGCCUCCCACCUUCAACAGGGAACAGCUGCGAAUCCCUCCAAGGCGGUCUCCACUGUUGUUGUGACCACAGCUCCAUCUCCCAAGCAGGCGCCUGAACAGCAGUGACUCUGGGAGAAAGAGGGCUCUCCGAACACCCGGCCCUGCCGCUGAGGGGAAGGGGCGGGAGGUCCGUGCUUCCUCUGGGCCUCCCUGUCCACGGGCAGCCAGCAGGGGCUGGUAGCAGCAGUGGCGGAGACUUUGCGGCCACACUCCACGUGGGGGCACUGACAAAGGUUCUCUCCAGGUCUGCUCUGUACUGAUGCAACAGAAGCCGCUCUUCAAGCUUGUGUGAGGUCACAAUUGUCACACAAGCAGAAGUUCUCUUCUGAGAGCUGGGUGCCGAGGGAGGGCUUGCAGCACAGAGCACAGGCGGUGAAUGAGCCUCGUGACGGGUGUGGAUCGUAUGUUUUAACUGUGCUCUUCUCCAUGACUCAUGGUCUGGUUAGGAGUUUUGUGUCCAUAAAUUUUUAUGUAACUUAUUUUUUUAACUGGUUAUUAUUUUGACCAGAAUGUGAGAAUAGCAGGAUCCUUCUAAGUUGGUGGCUAACUUGGUGACUACACGGUGAUGGAGAGGCUCCGAGAUGGAAGAGACAUAGGAAGUGGGGAUGGUGCGCAUCCCCUGAAAGGGGGUUGGUUGGGCACGGCCUCUGUAAGGGGGGCAUCAGGGUCCUGACCGCAGUCUGUGCCCUCACCCACCGGCCGUCCUCCUCCUCGGGCUCGUUUGCACACAGGUCAAGUGCAUUGCUGGUGGAUCCCGGAGGUGAGAGCUGCGGAAAUACUGCUUUUGCAGCACAAACUGUUUCAGUUCAGAGAUGAUGCAUUCUGCUUUGUUCCAGAGCAAGAGUCAGCAGGCUCUUGGACUGGCUACUUGUUUUCGUGAAUAAAGUUUUAUUGGGACACAGCCCAUGCCCAUUCA